ACCACCCGUUCAAUCACCUUGCCCAAGAAUGGAAGAUUUGAGACUGGGCUUGGCUUCAUUAUUUGUGCCUCAAUCUUGCUGGGUAGCUUUGGGGAGGCCCUCUCAAGAGGUUCAGGGAGACCCAGGCCACCUGCAGCUCUUGAGGGCCCUAGCCAUAAUGAUAAUAAAAAAGGGAACAGGAAAACAAGGCACCGAAAAAGAGAGAGAAGGAAAUCAUUUUAUUUUUUAAAUUUAUCAUUGAGUAAAUGCUUCUCUAGUUUUUUUGCUGGGCCAAUGCACUAAUGCGCAGCUCUCGGGUGAAAUUGUUUUGUCACAUUUUGCUCCAAUGCAUGUAUCUGCGCUUCCGGGGCCCUUCUCUGACUGGCCCUGCGGCUUGGUCUUGUCAGCCAGAUGGGGAACCCAGCUCAGUGUGUGUGCAUGCGUGUGACCCGGUGGUUUCUGAGCUUCCUGUUGAAAAGCCCUCGCAACGCGGAAGUUCGCUUUGGCUGAGAUCGGAGAGCGCAGAGCCCCUGAGGCAUCUUGACAGGGCCAGGAUGAGCCGGAGGUCCAAGCCAGCAGCCCGGACGCAGCAGGAGAACGUGUCCUCCUCCCUCCUCGAGGACCAUGAGAACCAGCAGGUCUUUGAACUGUUGGGCAGAAAGUGCACGACCAUGGUCACAACUGUGGCCCAACUCCUCUUGGCCUUGCCUCAAGGCAGCAGAAGCUGGUCCAAGCAAGGCUGCGGGGUCCUGUGCUUCGUGAAGGAUAACCCCAGACGUUCCUAUUUCAUGCGCUUCUAUGAUUUGAAGGAUAGGAAGAUGACCUGGGAGCAGGAAUUGUGCAGCCAGCUGGUCUACUUGGCUCCCACCUCUUAUUUCCACACCUUUUCAGGAGAUGAGUGCAGCGUGGGGCUCAACUUCGCCGAUGAGAAUGAGGCAUACAAUUUUCAACAAAUGGUGGAAGAGAAGAUUCAGAAGAGGAACCAGAGAAUGGAUAGACAGCCGCCACCUCCACCUCCAGUCAAUGAAGACAGAAGACCAGCUCUCCCCCAACCGCCAUCUUCUGCUAUUGACUCAAAUGGACGUGGCGUGCAGCCAAACUCUCCUCCAGCAUCUCUGCCUCUGGCAACGGUUGACAUCCAGAAUCCAGACAUCACAUUUUCCCGCUACCGUGGACUUCCUGUUCCUACUGCAGUGGAGAAAAAGAAGGGGAAGAAAAAGAUUUCAAAGGCUGACAUUGGUGCUCCAAGUGGGUUCAAGCAUAUCCAGCACAUUGGAUGGGAUCCCAACAGUGGAUUUGAUGUGAAUAAUUUAGAUCCCGAUUUGAAAACAUUCUUCUCCCAGGCGGGAAUCAGUGAGGCUCAACUGACCGAUGUUGAGACUUCAAAGAUUAUCUAUGACUUCAUUGAAGGCCAAGGGGGGCUGGAGGCUGUGAAGGAAGAGCUGAGACGACAGGGUCCAAGUCAUCCUCCACCCCCACCCCCAAAUCGUUCUGGCCCUGGACAUAGCCGAAGUGGUCCUCUACCACCCAUCCCGCCUGUAUCAAACAGGGGAGCUGUCCCUUCGCCUCCACAGCCCUCUCGAGGACAGCCCAGCCCUCAGUGGGGACCUCCUCCACCUGUCUCUCGGCCGGGAGCAGCUCGUCCCCCACCACCCCCAGCUGGGUCAGCCCCACCGCCACCCCCACCCCCGCCACCCCCGCCACCCCCUCCUGCAUUCCCAAGUUCUUCCCCAUGUCCCCCUCCCCCUCCCCCCUCUGGAGGGCUUAGCUCACCUGCUGUUGCCUCCACCGGACGUGGUGCAUUACUGGAUCAGAUACGCCAAGGAAUACAACUCAAUAAGACACCUGAUGUGCUGGAACCGCCAUCGCCUGCACAGAGCUCUGAAGGCCUGGUAGGAGCUCUUAUGCAUGUGAUGCAGAAGAGGAGCAAGGUCAUUCAUUCCUCAGAUGACGAUGAAGACAAUGGUGAUGAUGAAGAGGAUGACGAGUGGGAUGACUGAGUCCAGAAGGACGCAAAGCCCGAUCCUUCUGACAAUCUGUUGCUGUCUGAAUUGCUGUGGGCAUUUAAUCAGACUGCUACCUUGUUAUGGUCCCCCUCACAAUCUGUGCAGAAAUCCAGUAGGUGCAAGGGCAGCUCUGCUUUAGCCUCUGCAGUGACAGGUCAUUAUUUUCCCAUUCCUCCUCUCCAGCAUCACUUAGGCUAAAGAAUAAUUGCCAUUCUGUGCACCUGCAAGCCUUUGACAGUCUUAGAAAGUUCGGCUGUAAUCCUCCCUCUUUCAAACCCUCGGUCUUGACAAUACCACUUCUAAUCUCCUCUAACUUUCUAAGAGCCAUAUUAUCUUUCAUCCAGCCCCUUCAUCCUCCUUUCUUUCUCCUCGAUGUAUAAUCUUGUGUGUCUUUAAGAAGUGGUUCCCCCUUUGAGGCCAAUGUGCAGGUAUGAAGAUUACAGGAAUGUAAGCAAAACCUCUGUCUUAUAAAAUAACCAGUGCAUUGUUAACACACAUAAAAAUCCUAGUUGUCUGAAUUAUUUGCACGCCUUUCAGAGGAAUGUUUUCCCUUGCUUUAGUU